AUGUUAGCCGUCACAUUACGCCAGACUAGGGCCGUAUCAACUCUAGGCAUCUACGUACGUGGGUCUAUGAGGGCUGCUGGUGGCGAUAUCUUCACUACCAUCAACCCUGCUACAGGAGAGACUCUCGCCAGUUUAAAGGCGGCUAACUCUAAAGACGUGGAGGAGGCAGUGCUUAGUGCUGUCGAGGGCCAGAAGGAGUGGUCUGCCAUGACUGGCGCUGUCAGAGGUCGAGUACUCCAUAAGGCUCAAAGGUUACUACGGGAAAAUGCCCAGGAGUUAGCCGUCCUCGAAUCGGCUGAUACUGGGAAACCAUUGUCAGAAGCCGUGGGUGUAGAUGUGAUCACUGCGGCCGACACUAUAGAGCUUUAUGCCAAUCUGGCGAGCACAGCGUGUGUUCAAGGUCAGUACCUUCCGGUCAUGGGAUCGGGUUCAUUUGGGUACACUAUCAGAGAGCCCCUGGGGGUAUGUGCUGGGAUAGGGGCAUGGAACUAUCCCCUCCAGAUCGCAGCUUGGAAGAGCGCCCCUGCAUUAGCUUGUGGGAAUAGCAUGAUAUUCAAGCCUGCCUCUUUAACGCCACUGAGUGCAUUCAAACUCGCCGAAAUCUACAGCGAGGCCGGUCUGCCGCCAGGGGUCUUCAACGUUCUCACUGGACGGUAUGCGGGUGAACGCCUCGUGGAGCACCCCAAGGUGGACAAGGUCAGUGUGACCGGUGAAGUUGGUACUGGAAAGAGCAUAUUAGAAGCUAGUGCUCGCACGUUGAAGAAGGUGACCAUGGAGCUCGGUGGCAAGUCCCCUUUGAUUGUAUUUGAUGAUGCUGACAUUGACAAUGCAGUGGCGGGUGUGUUGGCGGCUAACUUCUUCAGUCAGGGGGAGGUGUGCUCUAAUGGCACUAGGGUAUUCGUACAUAAAUCCAUCCACGAUGCGUUCUUGAAAAGAGUCGUGGACCGCACUAGAAGGAUUAGGGUUGGCGAUCCCAUGGACCCCGACACCCACAUGGGGGCUCUCAUCAGCGAGGCCCAUCUUGAGAAGGUGGUGGAGUAUGUCCGAAUAGGGCAGGAGGAAGGAGCUAAACUGGAAUGCGGUGGUGAACGCCUCACGAAGGGGUCUCUUUGUAGAGGCUAUUUCAUGUCCCCGGCAGUCUUCUCCAACGUGAAGGAUGAUAUGCAGAUUGCUCAGGAGGAGAUCUUUGGGCCUGUCAUGGCAGUAUUCACCUUCAAUGACGAGGAUGAGGUUAUCCAACGAGCUAAUGCCAGUGAGAUGGGCCUGGCAGCAGGAGUCUUCACCAAGGAUCUGCAGAGGGCACAUCGGUUGGUGCAGCGCUUACAGGCUGGUACUUGUUGGAUCAACAACUACAACGUAACUCCUUCGGAACUGCCCUUUGGGGGCCACAAGCAGUCUGGCAUUGGCCUUGAGAACUCGGUCUAUGCCAUUGAUCACUAUACUCAAAUAAAGACUGUCUUCGUAGAGAUGAAGCCUGAUAUUACUGGGGACGUCCCCUUCUGA